CCUGAUCCUUUACAGGAGACUCACAAAAAUCGUCAAGAUCGCUGUUAUACAGAAUCAUUCAAAGUGGAAUACAAAUAACAGAUCCCUACAUCAAAAUAUGAAUGCUUGUAUUUGUCAGACCUUCAGAUGUUGUAUGUGCAAUAAAUCCUGAAACAACUCCAAGCUCUGCAACUCCUAAUUCUAACCGACUUCCUAACCCUGGGGUGCCCCUUCUGCCAACAAGGGCACCAAAUGUAUCUGGGUUAGGUGGUCGUGGUUUACCAGGGGCAGACAUGACAGGUGGCAUGCCUGACAUGAGCCAGCUGUUGCAGAAUCCAGCUGUUUCUCGUAUGAUGCAAGUCUUGCUUUCAAAUCCCCAGUAUAUGCAACAGAUUGUGAGUCAAAAUCCUCAACUUCUGAUAAGAAUCGAUAACACAAUAAUGAAGAACAGAAAUUAUCAGGCCCAAAGUUCAGCUGUGAUCAAAACGGCAUGCAAUCUCAACUCUAUGCAUUAUCAAAGGGAAGUAGAAUACGAAAAGACAAUAAGGUUAUGGGAGGUGUUGAACACUUUCAUCUAUACAGAGCCAAGCGAAGUAGAAUACAAUAAGGCAAAAAGGUUAUUAUGGGAGUUGUUGAACACCUUCAUCUAUAUGGAGCCAAGAGACCCAUGCAAUAUGCUUUUCUUGGAAUGUUUGAUGUGGCAAUGA